AUGAGCACGAUAGAGGAGCGCAGUGAGUCUGGAGACCGCGGUUCCAGUCCCAGUUCGAGAGACAGUUCGAUGGACGAUGAUGAGCACACUCCCGACCACGAUUCGCUGGGCCGUUCUGCCGAUGACAAUAGCAAUAUUGCGGCCGCGUUCGCCAGCUUAACAUCCGAUCAUAAAGAUGACAUCGUCGUCGGCGAAGCAUUCGUCGACCCGGUACUAACUCGCAAUACCGGCUCUAUUCCACCCGAAGACUGGCGGUGGCCGUUGAGCACCUGGGAGAUAGUCAACAAGAAAAAUAUAAAUCCUCUGCCCCAUAUAACCGCCGUGCCUGUAGUCGGCCUCGAUGAGCAAAAUCAAACUGCCGUACUUCAAGCAACAGACGUACCUCAGUUAAUCCCCAAUGCUUCACAUCCAAUAUCCCAGCAUCCGCUAUCUCUUCGUACAACGUCUCCACGUCCAAUACCUAGGAGGAAAAGGUGUAAAUUCGGAGAACGAUUUAGGCGUAAGCGAGCUGAGCCCAUAGAGCCCAGCCCAUCGCUGGAAGACAUCAUCAGGAUACCCGAAGCUGUACCCCGGCAACGCGCCGCCGAGCUUCUCAAUACACUCAUUCUCGCUAGAUAUACUCAUAGUCGAGGCAUAUCCACGGAACCAACCACAGCAUCGCCUAUGAUAGUACCCCAGGAGCCUGAUGGUAUUCUCCAGCAACACGCUACUGACCUCCACAAUGCUCUUGAACGGCUCGAAGCGCUCGAAUCCGCCCAUGAGAGGGAGGAGGAAUCUUUAUCUAGCGGGGGAAAGUCCUUUUGGUCCCAGUUUUCUUGUUUUCGAUAG